CAUCUCUUCUGCUAAUGACCAUUGGGGAUAGGAGCGGACCUAUGAUUCCUUUCUCGACCAACAUUUAAACAGGUUUCUGAACAACCCAUCUUUCUUCCACAACCCGAUAGUAUCAUGGCUACCGUACACGUCCAGAACACGCCUACUUUUAUUAACAGUGAAGACAAGAACGACCAGACUAACGAGUUUUUCGAAGUGGCAAACGACUUGGACUCUGGAGAAAUAAAUGAACUUGCCGUUGUAGCCGAAGGAGAGGAGAAGACGACUUGGUUCGUCUGGACUUUAGUACUGUGUACUACGAUAUCUGGACUACUUUUCGGGUACGAUACUGGUGUAAUAUCGGGGGCAUUAGUUACCGUAGGCUCUGAUUUGGGACCAGACGCAUUGUCCAGCGGCCAGAAGGAAUUUAUCACGUCUGCUACGACCCUAGGCGCCCUUCUCGGUGGUUUGGUAGCAGGCGCCAUGUCUGAUUGGACGGGCCGACGACUCGUGCUGGCCAUAUCUGAUAUCAUAUUCCUUGGGGGAGCAAUCGCGCAAGCAGUCUGUCACACUGUCUGGAGCAUGAUUGGUGGACGAUUCCUUGUUGGUAUUGGUGUCGGAUUGGCCUCGUGUAUCGCGCCACUAUACAUCCAGGAGCUCUCUCCAACGCGUCUCCGGGGCCGUAUGGUUGUCAUGAAUGCAGCCGCUGCAACGUUUGGACAGGUCAUUGCAUACGGCAUUGGAGCAGGCUUCGAGAAUAUGCACGGCGGAUGGCGCUGGAUGGUUGGCUUGGGAUCCGUUCCAGCCGCUCUUCAAUUAGUGUUUUUGCCGUUCCUUCCGGAAAGUCCCCGCAUUAUGUUGUUGAGAGGCGACGUUGCCGCCGCCCGGAAGAUCAUGACCAAGAUCUAUGCCCUCGCCAAGCCAUCUGAUGUGGAGCUAAAAGUUAAAGUUCUACAAGCAUCCGUGAAGCGAAGUGUAGAGAUUACGAACAAUACGACCUUUAUGCAACGUUUCACGUCUAUGCUAAUGAAUCCAGUUUAUCGCAGAGCACUCAUCGUCGGGUGUGGAUUGCAAGCGUUCCAGCAGCUCUGUGGUUUUAAUACACUGAUGUAUUACUCAGCUACACUUUUUGCAUCCAUCGGGUUUAACCAGCCGACUGCAGUUAGCUUGAUCAUCUCCGGCACUAACUUCAUCUUCACUAUCGUCGCCCUCGCCUGCAUCGACAGGAUCGGACGACGGCGGAUAAUGCUCAUUACUUCGCCUGGGAUGAUCUUUGGGUUGACGUUGGUGAGCAUAUCUUUCUACUAUCUGACGAUUCACACUGGUGGCCAGCUCGUUGAUGGCACCAAAUACCCCACUUCAUGGUCCGUCAUCGUGUUAUUAUCUAUGAUUAUAUUCGUCGCAUCAUACGCUACUGGUCUCGGUAAUGUUCCAUGGCAGCAAGGAGAGCUAUUCGCGCUCGAGAUCCGUGGAGUAGGCACGUCCCUCGCUACUGCGACAAACUGGGCUGCCAACAUGCUCAUCAACUCUACCUAUCUCUCACUCAUGGCGAAGAUCACGCCUGCCGGUGCAUUUGGUUUCUACGCUGGAUUGUGUCUUUUGGGCUGGCUGUUUGUCAUCUUCUGCUACCCUGAGACGGCGGGUCUUAGCUUGGAGGAAGUCAUGAUGGUGUUUAAGCAUAGCUUUGGGAUCAAGGAGAGCGAGCGACUGAGGGAGCGGAAGCGGGAGGUGAAAGCGGAGGGUGUGGUGCAUGACGUCGCGCCAAGUAGUGAGAAGGCUUCUACGGAGCGAAGGGAGGUAGCAUCUCCAGAUGUAUAA